AUGAACGGCACACCUCGUCCUCGCUCCGGCGCCUUUCCCUCGACGCCGCAGUCGACACGGCGCAACAACUUUACACCUCAGAAGCUCCCCGACAUCACCCAGCUAAGAGCUGCUCCUACUACGCGGCAACCGCCCCAAGACAGCGAUGGCCCAUUGAUCCCUGUUGACACCCUGGAUGCCCCGACCCAGCGCCUCUAUGUUGUUGGUUUCUACCUGGCCCUGGUGGGCUGGAAGUUGUACGACCACUUCUACCUGAAAGAGGAGGAAACAGAAUCUCUGUGGCUGUUCAUGAAAUGGGUCGCAUUUGACGGCAUCUUCUUGUUUGGCCUGCCCGAGUUGCGCAUUCCCUGGCUCGAAUGGUCUUCGGCCACCAUGCUGCUUCUUUUUCUGGCUCACGCCGCCCUGGACGCCAUCCUCAUGUUCCGCAUCCAGCUUCCUGUCGGCGCUGGUCUGGCCGCUGUUGGCAAAAUCUUCUAUGACCGCGAAUUGGGUGUAUCAGGUCACCAUGUCAAGCAGUCCAGCAUUCUCCACAAUUCGUCCUUGAUUUUGGGAAAGCAAAUCAUUCACAUCCUCCCAGAAGGCUCUGCCAUUUUGAACCCGGCAAAAACUUCAUUCUGUCUCGAUUCGUCGAAUUCGCAAGUCUACCUUCCCAUUCAGAUCAAUCAGACCACUCCAGUCAGCAUUGACUUGCUGCGCUACGAGUUCGACGGUGCUACCAACGAGACCAUCCACAUCUCGGGCAAGGAGAUCAAGAAAUUGAUGAAAGAUGCCGCUAGACAAGCCUCGCACCCUGCUCCAAACCAACCCUUACUGUUACGCUACCCGACCAAGAAGACCGGCAGAUAUAUCCUCAGCAAAGUCAUGGAUGAGUCCAAGCUGGAGGUUCAGAGAAAGCGCGUUGGCGACACCAUUGUUGUCUCUUGUCCUCAGGCAAUCAUCAAGUCUACGACUCCAGACGCCUGCAAGGGUGAUCUGUCAAAUAUUGAUCUUGAGGUUACUGGAACUCCUCCGCUACGCAUCAAGUACCGAAAAAUCACCAAUCAAAGAGAGCAGGAAGCUCACUUCCAGAGCAUCCAACCUGAUGACUUUGUCUCUCCUCUCAUCCAACAGUCAUCCGAUGCCUUGGCCAUCCGAAACACCAAGGACAUCUCCUGGGCUCGUGCUCAGAUUGUCACUGUUCCUCUCAGAGAGCACAUGGGAGAAAGCGGCAAAUGGGUCUACUCCAUGGACGAAGUUGAGGACGCUUUUGGCAACAUUGUAUCCUACACUGAACGCCAACACGACGACCAGGAUAAACCCUCCGCUAAGGCUGCGCAUCUUCACCAGGUCGUGACUGUUCACGAACGUCCAAUCAUCGUCAUGAGAGGUUGUGAUUCUCAGCAUCCUCUCAAGGUCGCCAAAGGUCAAUCAGAGUCCCUGCCUGUGUUGUACGGCUCUACUGCAAACAAGGGCAAUGGCGGUUUCCUCGGCACUUCUUACAACAUUGAAUACAAGUUCACUCCUGAAGGUCAACUUCUGUCUAACGGCGACCAUAGCGAAUCUGCUCAGAUCAAGUCAAUUUCGAUCAAGAACCAAUCGCAAAGGCCCACUGUCCAGGACGCUGGCUUGUACACCCUGCACAGUGUUUCCACCGGGAUCUGCGCUGGUGAAGUUCUUGAGCCCGCAUCUUGUUUGCUGCAGAACCCUGCCGAGCCUAGCCUCCGUAUUGACAAAGAGGAAAUCUUCGACAAGUGUGCCAACAAACCUAUCGGUCUGCGUGUCGACUUCCAUCUCACAGGAACACCUCCUUUCCUGAUUCAUUAUGAAAUUACCGAGAAGGACAGUUCCAAGCGUGUGACACAAACAGAGAGAGUCAACGGCCUGCGUGGACAGAUCGAAUUGACCCCUCCUACUGCUGGUCACUACACUUAUCGAUUCUCUGAGAUCAGUGACUAUGUUUACAAGGGACAAACAUUGAAGGGAGACGACAUGAUCAUCGAACAGGACGUCAAACCUUCAGCUUCUGCACACUUCAUGGAGGCAUCUCCUUCACGUAAGGUUUGCAUUGACCAAGCAGUCUCUUUUGAUGUAGCCCUUCGCGGACAAGGACCAUUUACUGUCGAGUACGAACUCGUCCGUGGCAGCAACAGAAAACGCCACGUUGUCAGAGAUAUUCAUGGCGAACGAUUCACCAUCAAUACAGAACCUUUGACCAAAGGUGGUGAUUACACUCUUGCCCUGGCUAGUGUCACUGAUAUAAUGGGCUGCAAAGAGUUUUUGAAGCAGGAGGCCAAGAUCAAUGUUCGUCACCAGAGACCCAAGGUCUCGUUCGGACAGAUUGAAGGUUCGCGUGCUAUCAAGACUUUGCAAGGCAAGACUAUGAAACUUCCCUUGAAGCUCACGGGAGAAGCGCCAUGGAAUGUCCGUUACCACAACCUCCGUGAUCCCGAGCACUCACACAAGAUCAAGGUCGAUAGUCCCAAUGGUCUCUUCGCUACUUCUGCAGAAGGCACUUACGAACUUCUCGAGGUCAACGAUGCCAUCUGUCCUGGUGCUGUCGACGAGAACGCUAAGAAGUUCAGCAUUGAUUGGAUUGAGCGUCCACAAUUGAGAAUACCUGAAACUUCGUACGACCGAGUUGAAGGUGGCAAGUACGUCAAGAAUGAUGUUUGUGAGGGCGAAGAUAACCUGGUCAAUGUCCACUUCUCCGGCGCUCCACCAUUCCAAUACAAGUACGAUGAAAAUAUUGUGUCUGAACGUGGCGCAAGGUCAAAGCGAAGCAAGGCCGUCACUGCUGCACUUGGUGUCUCGUCUAUCAACCUUGAUACUUCGCAGGCCGGUGUGAUUGAUUAUGUGUUCACCGAGCUUGCGGACGAUAACUAUGAUCAUAGCUCGAAGCACUUCACACCGGUUACUAUCCAGCAGCGUGUCAACCCCCGACCUUCUGCGCGCUUCACCAACCCUGGCAGGACCUACAGCUACUGCUCUGUCGAGUCUGCUGGUGAAGAGGUCAUCCCUAUCACUUUGGAAGGACAACCUCCAUUCGCCAUCGAUGUCGAAAUCAAGCAUCACGGUUCGGCUCGUCCUGAAAUCUUCUAUGUCAAGGACAUCAACAAGAACACGCACGACCUUCGUGUUCCUCAUCAGUCGCUGCACCUGGGUAACUCUGCUGUGUCCAUUCGCAGAGUGACUGACAGCCGUGGUUGCAGCCGCAUCCUCGAUACCACCUCGCCCAGAGUACAAAUCGCCGUCCAUGACGCUCCUACAAUUCGUUCUCUGGAGAAUCAGGAAGAUUUCUGCGUUGGUGAUCGCAUCUCCUUCGCACUCUCUGGUCAGGCUCCCUUCCAAGUCUACUACGAGUUCAAUGGUGUUGCCCGCAAAGCCAGCUCUGGUUCAACAACUUUCAAGCGUCUGGCAGAGAAGCCUGGCACAUUUGUAAUCACUGGUGUCAGCGAUUCUGGUUCUUCUUGUCGCGCAUCCACAAACAUUGAGAAGAAGAUUCAUGGAAUGCCUUCUGUUCGCGUCGGCAAGGGUGUUGAAUCUCAAGUCGAUAUCCAUGAGGGUGGCGAAGCUGAGAUCACCUUUGACUUUGGCGGAACACCACCUUUCGAGUUCACUUGGACACGCAGUACCAAUGCUCGCCGUGGUCAAAGAUCUGAGGUGCUUGAGAUGAGAAGCGAACUUUCCCAAGACCACCACAUGUCUAUUCGGGCAAGUGAGGAGGGUACUUAUGAAGUGGUGUCUAUCAAAGAUAGAUACUGUGCCUAUGCCAAAGAAGGCAUCGAUUUGACCAAGAAGAAGGGCAAGCUGCUUACGUACUGA